AUGGCGGCCAUGCAUUCGCGCAGUGCGGCGGUGUGGUUGAUGGGGCUGUGUGUGUCAGUGGUGGCUGUGAACUAUCAGCACCCACAGCUCGGCUUUCCGACCGGCUGCGAUCUGACCAAGGUCAACGACUGUGCACCCACGUAUGCCGAUCUUCAGGCCAACGGCAGUCUCUGGCCUUGUCCGACCGCCAAUUCUCCAGCAGGCACCUGCUUUGAAGGCUGUACCACGGGUAACGAUCAGGGCCUGUGCCAAAAUCUCUCCCCCAGUGAGCCCUGUUGCUGCCCUGUUGCCGGCUGCUAUGUGGGACCGCAGUUCAACCAGAUUAUUGGAGUGUGCAAGGGGGAAGGUUGUGCAUGUGGUGGGGCCACGGCACCGGGCUGUGCACCUCAAGGCGAUCCCCUGCGCUGUGGGACGACCAGCACGGGCGCCACAUGCACGGGGCCGGCGGUACCCUGCUGCUUUGGUAACAACGUGACAGACUUGGAGCCAUACUAUCAAACCGGGAGCCAAGUGGUUCUCAAUUACAUGGCUGCCUAUGCCUUUGACAACGCCAGCCGCACAUGGCGACGUCAAGACGACAGCUCUUUCAAUGUCGACGGAAGCAAACCCGCGUUUGACCUCAUGAAGCCAUACGGCGGCCUGCAGCCUGCCGAUGCCUGGCUAGGGCCCCAACCCGGUGGCAGCGUGUAUUGGUCCCUGGCCUACUACAACCCUGGUGUACCUGGCGUGGCGGGCGAUGGGCUCAUGUUUGUCCUCUCGACCGAGCAAUUUUGGGCGGCUACCUGGUACAUGCUCAAUCAGGUGACCCUUGAUCGUGGGCCAGCAGUGGGCUAUCCGGCGGACCAGUGCCCUGUCACCAACAACAAUUGUUGGGCAGGCGGAAACGCAGGAGAGAUGGACUUUUUGGAACCCGCCUGGCAAGAGCCCAACAACACGCGAACCCAGGGCUAUCGACGCAGCUUUGACACGCAGUUUAACCAAGUGGGACGGUGCUUCAACGGCGGUGUCAACCAAGGCGGCUUUCAGAGCGACAACUACGUCGUCACCUCGGGUCGGGACGAGAACCGCCCCUACAUUUAUGUCGCGCUUGUCGACUCGGUGGGCAAUUGGCUCUACCGUAUUCCGGCGGAGAAUGCAUCCACCAUCUGGCCCGGCCUGAAUCGGACCCAUGCUGCGGCUACACUGCAGGCGGCGCCGACCAUGCGACCGCAGCAGGUCAACCCCUGCGUGGAUGGCUUUUGCGCCGUCUUCACCUCCAACUGCCAGGCCACCAACUGGAGCGAUGCGCAAGCCGAAAACUGCGCCUUCAAUCCCACCCAGGGUAUGUGUGGCAAUUGGUUUCAAGGCUAUGCCAAUACGGGACAGCCCUUGUUUCCCGACGAUAACUGUGAUCGCGAUGUGCGCAAUGGCAAAACCAUGCCCUGGUGCAAGGCCAUGGUCAAUUAG